AUGUUGCAGCCGGGUGCUCGCAGCGCGGUGACACCCUUGCCGUGCAUACCACGGGCGCUAUCGGUACCUCGAAGCCUGAGAGCACCGCCGGGAAGAAGUGCAUGGUGGCGACUUCUUCCCGCUGCCCCAGUCUUUGUUGGGGCGAGCGCUUGCCGAGCCAUCCUUGGCGAUGCCGCGAACCGUGCCCGGCGUCUCCAGGAUGAGAACUUGCCCUUCGAGCUGAAACGCCGAAAGGACGUGGUUGCGCAGCUGCGAGAUUCGGCAACCCCGGAUGCCGUGGUAGCUGCGCUGGAUGAUUUGGGCGUAGCCUUCUUGGCCAUCGGCGAAAGUGCCAAAGCUGAGGAGGCCUUUCGGCGCGCCUUUCAGCUCUGCCAGGCUUCUGCAUUGGAUGCGGACUCCCUUUGGGCUGCCAACAAUUUGGCGGUGGCUCUCAAAGCUCAGGGCCCAGAUAGGUAUAGAGAGGCGCAGAAACUGUACCAAAAGACGCUGGAGGCGAGACUUCGCAACGACCCUGACGAGAAGAAUCCCAGCACCUUCACCAGCUUGAACAACUUGGCGGUGCUUCUGAAAGUACAGGGUCAAGUGGUGGAGGCCGAGCGCAUGUAUCGCCGCGCGCUGCAGCGACGCCGAGCCGUCCUGGGGAAUACAGAUCCCGACACCUUAACGAGCAUCAACAAUCUAGCAAGUCUGCUCUCUGUCACUGGACAAACGGAGGAAGCUGAAAGCUUGUACGCGGAGGCAUUGGCCGGCUGCCGGGUGAAACUCGGGAACAAGGAUAUGGACACUCUGCUCAGUGCAGACAAUCUAGCCUCCUUGCUCUUUCGGGAAGGACGUGCUGCCGAGGCGGAGCCACUCUUCCGCGAGGCAGCACUGGGCCUGGGGGCGCUCCUAGGAGCCCGGCACCCCGAGACCUUGCGGAGCCAGGACAACUUGGCGGUCGCUCUCUCGGCCCUGGGCCGCCUCGAGGAGUCGGAGAGGCUGCUCCGCUCCACGGUGCAAAGCUUCCGUGGCUUCGAUGGCCAACGGGUUUAG